AUGGCGCCUAAAAAGAAGAAUGUCAAAAAGAACAAAGGCGAUAUCAAUGAGAUGACUAUAAUUGUGGAGGAUGGCCCCCUAAGUAAACUAAAUGGCUUGAAUGGCUUCUUAGACGGAGGGAAUGGCUUCAGCUGCAUCUCAGCUGAGGUUUCUGAUUCUUCUUAUAGCCCAAAUCUCUUGGAAGGGCUAAGCAGAAUGAGGCAGGAAAAUUUUCUUUGUGACUUGAUUAUUGGUACCAAAACCAAAUCCUUCAAUGUUCACAAGGUGGUGAUGGCUUCAUGCAGCGACUACUUUCAUAACAUCUUAAAGAAAGAUCCAUCUACUCAAAGAGUGGAUCUCAAUGAUGUAUCCCCAUUGGGCCUAGCCACUGUUAUCACCUAUGCUUACACUGGAAAGCUAACUCUUUCACUCUACACAAUAGGUAGUAUCAUUUCCACAGCAGUCUAUCUUCAGAUUCACACCCUUGUAAAGAUGUGCUCUGAUUUUUUGAUGCAAGAAAUCAAUGUGGAGAACUGCAUGUAUAUUGCCAAUAUUGCAGAGACAUAUGGACUAAAAAACACCAAGGAAGCAGCACAGAAAUUUAUUAGAGACAACUUCAUGGAGUUUUCAGAAACAGAUCAGUUCUUAAAACUUACUUUUGAUCAAAUCAAUGAACUCCUUGCAGAUGACGACUUGCAGUUGCCUUCUGAAAUUGCUGCAUUCCAGAUAGCAAUAAAAUGGCUAGAAUUUGACCAAAAAAGAGCAAAGUAUGCUGCAGAUCUCUUGGGCAACAUUCGUUUUGGUACAAUCUCUGCUCAAGACUUGGUCAAUUAUGUUCAAACUGUACCAAGAAUGAUGCAAGACACAGACUGCCAUCGACUUCUAGUGGAUGCCAUGAACUACCAUUUGCUUCCAUAUAAUCAAAAUACACUGCAGUCUAGAAGAACAAGGAUUCGUGGAGGUUUCAGAGUCCUAGUUACUGUUGGGGGACGCCCUGCAUUAACAGAAAAGUCCCUUAGCAGAGACAUCUUAUACAGAGAUCCUGAUAAUGGAUGGAAGAAACUUACUGAAAUGCCUGCUAAAAGUUUUAAUCAGUGUGUGACUGUGAUGGAUGGAUUUCUCUAUGUGGCUGGUGGUGAAGACCAGAAUGAUGCCAGGAACCAGGCCAAGCAUGCUGUCAGCAAUUUCUGCAGAUAUGAUCCUCGUUUCAACACAUGGAUUCACCUGGCCAACAUGAAUCAGAAGCGCACCCAUUUUAGCCUGAAUGUAUUCAAUGGCCUCCUUUUUGCAGUGGGUGGUCGCAACUCUGAAGGGUGUCUAUCCUCAGUUGAAUGCUAUGUGCCUGCAGUUAACCAGUGGCAAAUGAAGGCACCACUGGAGGUAGCAAGGUGCUGUCAUGCCAGUGCAGUCAUAGAUGGUAGAAUCCUGGUCACAGGAGGUUACAUAAAUAAUGCUUACUCCCGCUCUGUGUGUAUGUAUGACCCCAGCAAUGAUAGCUGGCAGGAUAAGUCCACCCUUAGCACUCCAAGAGGAUGGCACUGUGCUGUUUCCCUUGGGGAGAGGGUCUAUAUCAUGGGUGGGUCUCAACUGGGGGGUCGGGGUGAAAGGAUUGAUGUCCUCCCUGUUGAGUGCUACAAUCCUUAUGCUGGCCAGUGGAGCUAUGCUGCUCCCCUGCCAACUGGAGUGAGCACUGCAGGUGCUUCCACUCUUAAUGGGAAAAUUUACUUGGUGGGUGGCUGGAAUGAAAUAGAAAAGAAAUAUAAGAAGUGCAUUCAGUGCUAUAAUCCGGAUCUUAAUGAAUGGACUGAGGAAGAUGAGUUGCCUGAAGCCACAGUAGGAGUAUCUUGUUGUACCAUUGCCAUGCCCAAUAACAAAACCAGGGAAUCUAGGGCUAGCUCAGUAUCUUCUGUGCCAGUCAGUAUUUAA